AUGUCUUUCUCUGGAAACAAGAGAUCUUUUGAAGAAACUGAUUCUAGUGAUAUUGAAGAUCAUUUGAGAGAUUCCGAUGAUGAUUUCAUUGGAGAACCAACUCAGGAAUUUUUAGAAGUUGAUGAUGAUGCCAUGAUGAGUUAUUGUACACAGGUGUUUGCUGAAAACCCACUGGUGUUGCCUUUAUAUUAUCAAAUUGGUACUGGAUUUGAGUUGGAAAACGCCGUGCACUUGGAAGUGCAUUCCGGAAGAAGAGUUGAAAAAUACAACUCCGAUCAAAUUGUCUACAGGGCAAGAGUGGACCCAGAGCAACUCCCUGUGGAAUUGCAGAAUAACCCCCUGACCGCAGCGAGGGAGUCGGUGCGAGAGCUCUUCCGGAUAUUAAUCGAGCGAUCAACGGCAGGCUUACGGCCAUCGGAUCUGAUCCGUUUCUGCAUACAAGCUGAUGGGCUAGACCGCCCCAUCUCCACUCGUCUGAUGCCCGUUUCGGAACUUACGCUUGAAACUGUACUUGCAGCCGUGUUGAAGGUUUUACAGUCCAAGGAUGAAAUUAUGUUGGACUCUGGUUUCUUCGUGGAUAUUAUCACGGUGCGUCGGGACGUGGGCGCAGGCCGCCGCACACGAAAAAUUGUCAACACCAAGGUGGACUGCUUAAAAAAACGCUCCAUUUUAUCAAUUCCAGUGGACGAUGAAGGCUUGUGCUGUGCUAAGGCCAUUGUGUACGCACUGGCUCAUUUGCACGGUGACCAAACCCAGAUCGAAGCCUUGCGGCAGAGAGAUCGGCCCACUUUGAUGAAUAGGGCACGAGAAUUGCAUGCUGCAGCGGGGGUGCCUCUCGGACCGUGCACUUUUACUGAGAUCGUCAAAUUCGAGGAGCAUUUGGACACUCAGAUCGUAGUAAUAUCUGCAGACAAUCUGAACAAGGUAUCCUACAAAGGCCCCUCGAGAAAGCAAAGGAUCAAUCUUUAUCUGCACGACGAGCACUUUGAAGUGAUAAAGAACCUAAAGGGGUUCUAUGCAAGCAAUUUUUAUUGCGAAAUUUGCGAAAAACCCUACGAUCACCGUCAAAACCAUCAGUGUCCGGAUGCCUGUCGUAUUUGCUUCCGACGAGGUUGUGUUGAACAACAUCCAAUGCGCUGCCCAGAUUGCGACCGUAUGUGUAAAUCUGAGGAAUGCUUUAAUGCCCAUAAAGCACGAAAUGGAAAACAGCAGUACUCUAUGUGUGACUUGAUUUAUCAGUGCCCCAAGUGCUGCAAAAUCAUUCAAAGGAAGGAUUGUGCUAGAGAUUCUCACAUAUGUGGAACCAUCAAGUGCGUUUCAUGUGAUCAACAAGUCAAACCCGAGGAGCAUUUGUGCUACCUGCGCACCGUUGAACCUAAAGCAAAAUCGGAUCGGCUGAUCUAUUUUGACUUUGAGACAGACCAAUCAUCCGGUGAGCACGUUGUAAAUUUUGCAGUGGCUCAUUAUGCAGAAGGUCCGGAAGACAAGCGGGAGCAUGUGUUUAAGGGGUAUUCAGCCUGUGCAGAUUUCUGUACAUGGCUGUUUUCCCCUAUUCACAAAGACUACACAGUGAUAGCACACAACAUGAAGGGGUAA